ACUCUCUCUGUUCUGUACAAGCAUUCUUCUUUCUACAGCCUUGUCAAGUUGCCCCUCUACUCUGUAGAACAAACAACGAGCAAAAUCACGAGAAUCACGAGAAUCACGAAAUCAAUCCAAAUCAAUCCAAAUCAAUCCAAAAAUCAAUUCACCAUCUUCAAAUAAAUCAUAUAAUUCAUCAUGACGGGUCCUUCCCAGGAUAAGGAUAGUAAUGUAGGAACACCGGUUCCUAAACAGAAGAGUAAAGCGACGAUUGAUACUUUGAGGUGAGUUUAUUUACCGUCGCACUUUUAUAGUGAUGCUGAUUAUGUCUGCAGGGUGGGAUGUAUAGCUAUGGUUCAGAAGGUUAGUGUUCAUUUUGUAUUUAUUUGUAUUUGGUAUUUGUAUCUGGGCAACUUGGGAUUUCUAUAUCACAGCUUCUACAUUCAACUACCAUUCCUUUAUUCUCUGUUUUGACUUUCUCUUGUUCUUUCUUGUUCAUCCCUUUUGGUUAAGAAUCAGUCGCUAUUAAUCCCUAUUACUCCCAUUUGCUCUAUCAAAUCCCAUACUAAUUUCACCCAGGAUGGGGCACUUAGAAGAGCAGAAAUUCUAAGUAUAAAAGAGACGAAAAGUGGUCGUCAAUUUUAUUGCAAUUUUGACAACUUCAAUAAACGUCUAGAUGAAUGGGUUCCAGCUAUACGAAUAGAUUUUACGCAAGAUGUUGAAUGGCCAGCUCCAGAAAAACCAAAGGAUAAAUCCAAGGCUGCUCCAGCUGGUAAGAAAACCAGCGUGGGUAAGAAGAAAAAUCAAAAACGUCCAGCUCAAGCAAGUAAAAGAGAAGAUUCCGUCAUUUCAGAAUCAGGGUCAAAUGCUCAACCUUGGUCGGAAUUUGCUGAUUCUCAAAGACAAACUCCUGAUGUUGAUGGAGAUGGAGAUGCAAAACUUACCGUGGCAUUAGAUCUUGAUGCUACUCCUGAAGCCAAUGAUCCUAUGGAUGUUGAUGAAGCUGCAGCUGAGGCUGCAAAUGCGAAGAAUGAACCCGUUCAACAUUUCAGUCGGGAAGAAGAAAUUGAAAAAUUAAGAACUGGAGGUUCAAUGACUCAAAAUCAAGCCGAAAUAUCGCGAAUUCGAAAUAUUUCCAAAGUUCAAUUCGGUAAAUUCGACCUUUACCCCUGGUAUUUCUCUCCUUAUCCCGAAGUCUUCACUCAAGAGGAUCUCAUGUACAUUUGUGAAUUUUGUUUAUGUUAUUACGGAGAUCUCAAAUCAUUUACUCGACAUCGUCACAAGUGUACAUUACAACAUCCUCCUGGAAAUGAAAUUUAUCGAGAUGAUUACGUAUCAUUCUUCGAAAUUGAUGGUCGUCGUCAACGAACUUGGUGUCGAAACUUAUGUCUUAUAUCCAAGAUGUUUCUCGAUCACAAAACUCUUUACUACGAUGUGGACCCUUUCCUCUUCUAUGUCAUGUGUUCAGUAGACGAAAAGGGAUUUCAUCUAGUAGGAUAUUUUUCAAAAGAGAAAGAAAGCGCAGAUGGAUACAAUGUAGCUUGUAUUCUCACACUUCCCCAAUAUCAACGUAAAGGAUAUGGACGCCUCCUCAUCAAUUUUUCCUACGAACUUUCCAAAAUUGAAGGAAAACUCGGCUCCCCCGAAAAACCCCUUUCCGAUCUCGGUCUCCUCUCAUAUCGCCAAUACUGGACUGAACGCAUCGUCGAGGAACUUUUAAAUCACAACGAAAGAGACGAAAGAAUAAGCAUAGAAGGUUUAUCGCAAAAACUUAACAUGACGAGUGCGGAUGUAGAACAUACAUUACAAGCGUUAAAAAUGCAGGUUUAUCAUAAGGGGGAACAUAAGAUGGUUUUACCGACAGCGUUGAUUAAGAGACAUGAGGCGAUGAAGGAGAAACAGAAAUUGAAACCGAAGAGGGUUAUUGAUCCGGCGAGGAUUGUGUGGAAACCUUUUAAAUUGGUGGAUAGGACUUGGGGGUGGUAGAUUGGUGGUUGGGGUGGUGGGGAAGGGGUGGGGAAGGGGUGGGAGGUGAUGGAUGAUGGAUGAUGGAUGAUGGAUGAUGGAUGAUGGAUGAUGGAUGAUGAGAUGAAGGAAGGGAGGCGGGAAAGGGGAGGGGCGAGGGAUGAGAUUUUGUAUCUUUGUAUCUUUGUAUUUUGUAUGUUAGAGGAAUGGAUGAAUGGAUGGUGUUGGUUGGGGUUAACGUUAUGCUUGAAUUUAUAUUAAUUAGCGAGGUACCACCAUACGUACGCACUCAAGUAAGUAAGGUUACCUACCUAAUGAGGAGAGGGAUGUUGUAUAGUUAGCUAUGAAAUAAAUGAUUUUCGUUCUCGUUCAGACAUAGUGAUCGAUCGAGUAAUAAAUAGAUCUAGAGAUUUACUCGAGUAUUAUGAACGAAUGAAUGAAUGGCUUGCUUGUUUUGUUGAGUGUUUAUAGAUGGAUGGAUGGAAUUCUUUUGCUUUGUUUUGUGUUGUGU